CUCACAGGAUUCUAACAAAAUGGCCCUCAAGGUAUUCGCGCUCCUCGCCCUCGUGGCCACUGCCAUAGCCAGUCCUCAAACCUACGGUUACGGGGCUCCUGCUCCUGAUUUCGGACCAGCCAAGUACGACUUCAACUACGCCGUCAACGACCCACCCUCUGGCAAUGACUUCGGCCACCAGGAGUCUCGUGAUGGAGACUUCACUCAGGGUUCCUACUACGUCCGCCUUCCCGAUGGUCGCCUGCAGACGGUCAACUACAACGUGCAAGGAGACUCCGGCUUCGUGGCUGAGGUCAGCUACGAGGGUCAGGCCCAAUACCCAACCCAGCCACGUGCCUACACACCUGCCCCUACCUAUGGUUAAACGAUUUUAAAUACGAUAUUUAUUGAUAUAGAAAAAUGUAAAUAUAAGUCUAGUAAUUGGAGGCACAUAGAUAUAAUGUUCGUUGUCUUUAUAAUUCACUCUUUCGAUCAGCUUUAGGUAAAAUGAUAUUCCAUAUGUAUAUUUCCUCUAGCACUUGCUAACUGAAUGUUUUAAAAACCUGUCUUACCUUUUACUAUGAUCUAUAAUGUUUUGUUACCAAGAAACCAAGCAUGUAUCUAUGUCUUUACCAGUAAAUCUAAUUAUAUA